AUGGUAAACCUACGGCGCUUCGAGAGCCACGUCUGGAAUAUACGAGAAUUGUUUUCCGACAAAACCGAUCGCUCCAGGGCGUUGACAAAGAUCAAGCAGCUAUGUGACCAGCCGGACAACCUGGAUGAGUGGGAGGAAGCUCCUUUUCCCGCUCCGCUGAGCUCGGAUUCCAGCUUUGUCUACACUGUGGAUAUAGAUGCUGGCACGUUGGGAGUGACAUACUUCAAGAUGGUAGGGACUCGUGCCCAGUCUCAGACUGACUGGUAUGACCUGCGCACGGUAUGUGAGGCCUCUAGCUUGUCCAGCGUCAAAUGCUGUGAGAAGCCGCAACCUUUACCUACGCAGUUGCCUGGAAAAAUUGGGAACGACGAAUUGGCACAGCUGACAUUGGAACCAUUGCAUCUUGUCCUUGAUUUUCCCCUUCCCUUGAACGAACUGCAAGCCCGACUGUACAUCCAUUUCCUUUGCGUCUGGCGCUGGCACUUCAUUGACCCAUCAACUUGGCGCUAUGAUUCCCCAGCCAUGAAUUACUUUUGUAUUGCCAUCUUACGUCUUGCAGCCUGGGACCUCGAAGUGUCCUAUGACACUGACAUCGGACUCCCAAUGUUCCACCAUACUCUUCCACCCUGA